UAAAGAAAUUUAAUAUAAAUUAUUAAAAAUUACAAUUAAAAGCAAGCAAGAGAAAAAAACGCACAUUCUCAAAAUGAUGUCAAACGGUUUGGAUUCCGGCGUUGUGGGACAACAAAAUGGUUCCGGAUCUGGCCAAAGUGGCGGACAGGAAGAAUCAAAAACAAAUUUAAUUGUAAAUUAUUUACCACAAACAAUGACCCAAGAAGAAAUUCGUUCGUUAUUCUCAAGUAUUGGUGAAGUUGAAAGUUGUAAAUUAAUUCGUGAUAAAGUUACCGCAGGCGGAGUUUUGAGUGAUGCCUUGGUUGCAGGGCAAAGUCUUGGCUACGGUUUCGUCAACUAUCACCGACCCGAGGAUGCUGAAAAAGCUAUCAACACUUUGAACGGAUUGCGACUUCAGAAUAAAACCAUAAAGGUAUCAUAUGCCCGACCGAGUUCUGAAGCAAUAAAAGGCGCUAAUUUAUACGUAUCAGGAUUACCCAAAAAUAUGACGCAACAAGAUCUUGAAUCUCUAUUUAGUCCAUUUGGCAGAAUAAUUACGUCACGAAUAUUAUGUGAUAAUAUAACCGUACGCCAAUAUGUCACGGGCGCAGCAGAAAAUAGUCCUGGGCUUUCCAAAGGCGUUGGAUUUAUCCGUUUCGAUCAGCGAUUAGAAGCCGAGAGAGCAAUACAGGAAUUAAAUGGCACCGUCCCAAAAGGUUCAACAGAAGCGAUCACUGUUAAAUUUGCGAACAAUCCAAGUAAUAACAAUAAAGCAAUACCACCAUUGGCGGCAUAUUUAACACCACAAGCGACAAGACGUUUUGCUGGACCAAUACAUCACCCAACUGGCCGAUUUAGUGGUAAAACAAUGCUUGCCAUUAACAAAGGUCUGCAAAGAUACUCCCCGUUGGCAGGUGAUUUGCUGGCUAAUUCAAUGCUGCCAGGGAAUGCAAUGAACGGUUCUGGAUGGUGUAUUUUCGUAUAUAAUUUAGCACCCGAAACUGAAGAGAAUGUAUUAUGGCAAUUAUUCGGCCCAUUUGGUGCCGUACAAAGUGUAAAAGUAAUUAGAGAUUUACAAACCAACAAAUGUAAAGGUUUUGGCUUUGUAACAAUGACCAAUUAUGAUGAAGCUGUCGUUGCUAUACAAUCAUUAAAUGGUUAUACGCUUGGUAAUCGAGUUUUACAAGUCAGUUUCAAAACAAAUAAAAGCAAAACUGCAUAGACCUCUAUAUUAUUAGAUAAUAACACGAUAUCAUUGUCAUCGUCAGCUUCCGUUCCGCAGACGUCUAACAAUUCUGCGUAGUUUUCAAAACAAUUUAAG